AUGCCACGAAUUAAGCAGAAAACCAAAGCAGAGGAUCUCACCCGAGUCCGUAACAACCAGCGUCGCUGCAGACAGCGAAAACGCGACUAUGUAGCGGACCUGGAGCGGAGACUUGCAUCCAUGGAAGCCACUACUUCUCGAGAGAUCAAAAGACUGCAGUCUACUGUGGAUGAGCUCCAGCAAGUGAAUGAGAGGUUGAUAGCGUUGCUCUAUUCCAGACGUACCGACUACGGUUCUAUUGGAUUUAUCGAACAGACGCAGAGCGAGAACGAUUCAUUAAGAGAUAUAAGCAGUGACCUCGUGCCUUUUGGGGAUGCAUCGCUCUUGGGAACCGCAGAGAACAUAACUCCAGAAGACAUUUCCCAACUCGAUAUCUAUCCACCACCAUACGCACCUCUUGGCAAAUUCAAGGAUUUCCUCCAGGAGUCCAGCUGCCUUUCAAUCUCUCCCGAAGUUGAGCCGGAUCCCGAAUCCUUACUUCUACCAGAGCAGAAUGUCAUAAACACGACCAUUAGCACAGAGGUAUCGAAAGACGAGUAUCAAGAUACAACCGUGUGCGCUGUGGCCCUGGAGCUAGUUAUGAAUUGCAACACAAAGAACUUAAGCAUCUCAGAGCUUGAUAUGCGGCUUCGAUGCGGGUAUCGGAGUGCACGGUUUCAGUGGGAAGGCUGCAGGGUCGACAAUCAGGUUUUGUUUGCUGUGCUUGCUGAGGUUAUGAAAUGA